UCUUUUCAUGUUUUUUUUUUCUUUAAAAGAGUUAAUCUUAAAAGUCGCAAUUACUGUAUACUGUGAAGGGCCGUGUCAAACACCGCGGGCUGCUUAUCUGCAUCUUCACAAACCUGUCGUUUGACAAACAUUUGGCCCCUGCAUAGAUCGAGGAGCAAACAAGAAGUUGUUGUGCGGUCGUGUAAAGUUCAUCGUGGAGCGGCGGGCCUCGCCUCAGGCUUUGACGGAGUCCCGCUUCCGUCACACCAGCCAGCGUUUGCUGUCCGCUUCGGGGACUUUCGGAAUUCGCGCGGCUACCCGAUCGGCACUUCCCGGAAUGAAGGCUGAUUGACAUCCUGGAAACUCCUGGCUGUGCAAGUCCCUUUCGCGCGUGGCACUGCGCCACACUUUGCUGGGUAGUGAGAGAGACACUUAGACGUGGAAAAUGCGAUAGGGUGAUUCGGUUUCGGGGGUGGGACGGUGUUCCUGCGUUUCGGGUUCACCUGGUGCGACGUAAGGUGGUGAGGCCUGCGGGUCAGGCUUUCACCGGCCUAAAGUUGCCGAAAUCUGCGGUUCUGAGGGCAUAGCCGAGGGACUGUCAUAAGCAGACGGAGCCAACAAGACGGAAUGGAGCGGAUGGAUAUUGACCAGUGCGCAGGCGCUGCAGCUGGGAAUGGAGGAGGAGCUCUGCGUCGGUCCAACAGCGCUCCUAUGAUCACCGGCGUCAGUGACGGGACAGCCGUGUUCAGCUCAAGCAGCUCAGCACGGUUCAGGCGAAGCAGCAUGUCAGUCAAUCUUGGCUGUCCUGGUCUGGCUCUUUCUCCAUUUUGGCUGACAAGCAAUCGCCUAGACCACCACAGACAGGAAGAGAGUAUGGAACAAAACACCCAGGAUCCACUGCACAGGGACUGCCCUGGACUGAGAUCUCCCUUUAUCGAGCAUGUCUGGGAUGAGAAUUUUUCACUGCCAAACCAAUCCAUAGACAGCUGUGCCACUCCAAACUCAUCACCCAGUCCAACUCGUAGAUUUGGAAGCAGGGGGGGUGCAAGCCCCAGAAUCCUCUCACCACCCUUGUGUACGCUGAAGAGGAAAGGAGGAGCUGAUCUGGAUGGUCCUCCAAAGAAACUUUUUGUGGCUGGAGUGCCGGGGUUGGGAACCACUGAAUCUCCUGUGAACACUGUAGACUGCACACUCAGUGUGUCCCAGGUGACCGGAGUUGCAUCCAGUGUAUCAAGCUGUAGCCCACCUCAUGGAAACUCACUGUCUCUUGCAGUCUCCAUACCAGACUCUCAUCUGCCUAUGGGUUUUACACCACCUUUUGCAACUCAGCCUCCUGGAAUGUAGGACAUUAAUCAACUUAUUCCUAAUGGGGUCAAUGAAUCAGAGAAUCAUGAAGUGGAAGCCAAGCAAAGCGGGGGGAAAACGGUUCCCUAUAGAUCAGUAAUCAGGAAUCCAAAGAAAAAUACACAGAGCCAAAAAACAGGAAAUAAUAAUAAGAGACCCAUUACGCUCAGUAUUAAGAAAAUUUGGAGUCAGAGCAAGCUAGAGUUGACAUAUAGAUGAAAACUGCCAUGGCACCAGUGCCCCAAAAGUUAUAUUUGUUUAAUUCUUCAGUGAGCACUGCACUGUUUUGUAUAUCAUGUUCUGUGAUAAACAAACUAGCUUGAAUGAAAAUGGAGACGGAAUCUUGCUUUACUAGUACUGUAUGAAAACAGAUGAAAAGUGCUCCCUGGUGACAUUUUGCAGAUUGACUCCAUAUUACCUGUAAAUAGUGAAAGAGUCUUAAAAGUCCAACAUUUAUCUAGGUGACCCUUAUAAGCUGUAAAUUGAUAAACACACCAUUAUCUAGAACAUAGAUAAGUUAUGCUUGUUGAUGUAAAUAAAUAUGAAAGCCAUAGUGUACAGUCAUAUACCAAAUCUCUUGUAAAUAGAAAAUAAACAAAAAAUAAGCCCUGUGACCUGUAGAUAGUAACAGAGACCAGGGGACAAUAGUUAUGUGUAAGUAGAAAAGAGUUGUAUCAACCUUCCUAUGACUAAGCGACCUUUGUUUCUUGUUAAGAGACAUGCUGCCAAAUGUCUAUCAUGUAAAAAAACAAGUUCCUUGUCACUUGCGCACAGACAGUUCUAGUAGCAAGCAUUUAGCCAUUUGACCAUUGUCAACAUUUGGUACACAAGAAUUUCUCAUGAGACAAGUGACCACCACUGACCUGGCUUCUGCUCAUUACAAUUCUUCCUUCUUCCAGAUGAACAAGAGACUUGAUGUCUAGACAGUGCUGGCCACAGUGGGAUUUAACAUUCCAAAUAAAAUUCUAACUGGACUAUAACAUAUUGCUGUAAAGCUUAAUGUCCUAGACAUUUGUCUUCUUUUGACAACAUUGUAAUGCAAAAGAUUUUGAGCUGGAGAAACACAUGGGUAUAUAGCAGGAAGGUAGUUUUGAAUGUGGAUCCAAACAGUGUAGAAAAUGUCAGAGGCUGCAAAUGUGGGCCUUACAUGGGAGGCUACCAAAUGAAAUGAUUCAUGUUGCAAUCAGAUAGAUGGUGUUGUUGUUAGCCUUUACCAAUUGUUGGUACACUGCCUUCAGAUUAUUUAGAUUUAUUUAUCAUGUUUUGUUAAACUUUAAAAGGGAUUCAAAAAGAAGGCCUUCUGGUUUGGAGCCAUCUUUUUUAAUAUUUUGUUUAAGGUGGGAUGUAACAAAUACAUGACCAACACGCUGUCCUGAACAAGAAUGGAGUCAUAUAGUACUUGGAGAUGAGUUAAAAAAAAAAAAAAAAAGACUGACAUGAAAGUAUAUUUCAUAAGCAUAAUUUUGCACAAAGAUAUCACUGGUGAAAGUGGUGAUACCAGUGUGUUAGAUGUAGAACUUAUUGCUCCUUUGUCAGAGGCAGUCAAAAUUAAGCCCUGGAAGGACGCAGCUUACAUUCCAACCAAUCUGACAAUAAAAAGGUACAUUAUAUCUGUAGAUGAACCAUGGGUUAAUUCCAGUACUUUCUUAUGUGAUUCUUUUGUACAGACUUGUUCUAUUUUUGAGUUCACUGGUCUCUUAUAAGUGGUUUUGCUUGUAAUCAGACCACCUCUUUUAAAAGAAUUGUAUCAAAGGGAAAAACUAAUAGCAUAUAAGCAGAUGCUGAUGUGAAUGACAUACAGUAUGUACUAAUGUGUACCAGUCUUUCACUCUGGUGUCCAACAGGCUGUUUUUAGCAAGUACGUGAUGUGGCUGAAACCAAGCCCAUGAUAUUGAGCUUUUCAUCUCAAAAAUAUAUCUGUACAGCUGUUUUGGAGAAGGACAAAAAUUAACAUGCCAAGUUCUUUCAAACAUUUUUAAUUGUAAACUGGUGGUACAGUUAGAUUAAAAGGUUCAGGGCAGACUCAAAGAAGCUGCUGGUUUUUCAGAUUGUUUGCAAACAAAAACCUAUUGGGCUGCAGGACUGAGUUUGCCUACUGGUUAAGGUAAAGUGAAAUAGCCCAUUUGCAUUGCUGUAGUGAUAUACUGUACCUUGCACUCUUCAGCAUGUCUGUGUUCAAGGCAUUAUUUUGGUGGUUAUUUUAUUUGCAGAAUUAAGAAAUUCACUCAUUGAUUACAACAACUAGAAUGCCAGACUUACUUCCAUAUUUGAAAAGGUGAUAAAAACUGAGGCAUUUCAUGUCCAAAGUAUUGAACUAAACAAUUAAGAACAUUGGGAAAUAAUUAUUACCAUUGUUUUUUUUGUACAUGUUCAUAUCAACUACUGGCAAAAAUAUUUGACAAAAGUGACUUGCAAAGUAGAACCUUGAGUUCAUAAAUUGAAAACAAAUAUUCUGAUUUGUCUGUACUGUUAACAUAAAAAAUAGGUUGUGAAAUAUAUAUUGGCUGUAAUACUUUUGUUUCCUUGGUACACCUUUGAUGCAUACUGAACUACCGGUUAUAGCAGGCUUACAAAUUUUUAUUUUUUGCCAUUUUUGUACUAUUGUUUAUCUCAUUUUACCAGUGUUUAGUUUAUGUAUUUUUUUAAAUUUGAACACCCAUUUUUAUACUCUGUUCUCUUUAACUAGGGAAAAAGGUAAAAAAAAAAAGUUAAGUUCUUAAUUAAAGUAGAAAUCAUAUUUUUAAUAAGGAAUAUGAUUGGAAUGAUAACCCACAGCCAGUGGCAUCCCCAAGGACCAAUUGGAGUUCUAAAUGGCCCCGUCAUUGUCAUGCAGCAUUUAGGUUGUAACCGAGUAGGACUGUAAAGUCCACAACCAACGUUCUGUCUUUUAACCUGCCAUGUCCCAUUUUUAAGUGUUCAGGUUGACUAUACAGUAUGAGUUCAUGCACAUACUUUGUUUUUAUAUCUUGCAGCAUUACCUUUAUCUGUGUUCUUCCUAAAUAUCAGAUGUUUGUGCAAAUCAUGCUGUGUACUCCUUUCAACUCCAGAAUUGCUGAAAUAAACCUGUAUCCCACAA